CCAGGAGGCGUCGGGGACAAUCAGCCGGGAGGACAGCGAGGCUCGUCCGUUCGCACCGCCCACCACCAUUGACACCACACUCCCGAGGGCCCAGGAGAGCCAGCCCAGGCUGUUGCUCGCCCGAGGCAGCGACAUGCCCACCGACGCGUCCACCCAACGAGGGAUGACGAGCGCUGGCAGGAAUAAAACAACGACGACGACGACGACGAAGCUGCCUGUAGGUGUGACGACGUCAUCGAUGCCAGAAGCGGAGCCGACGCUGAGCGAGCGCGAGCUCAUGAAAAUCGAGUUCUACAAGACGUACGACGUCAUGACGGGGGUGAGGAUAGCCGCGACGCUCAGCGGCUUUUUCAGCAUCAUGGUACUGCUGGUCAUCUACAAGAGCAGGCGCAAGUCGAGCCGGCAGCUGGAGGAUCCUGAACUGAAGGCAGCGGCCGAAGCUGCGGUGGCGGAAGCCGAGGCCGAGGAGCGAGCGCUAGCCGCGGCGCUCGAGGCCAUCGCCAGGCUACCACCUAAGCCAGCCCGGGGUCCCCGGAGGUCGCUCUGCGUCGAUGUAAGCAAACUCCCGUAUAUAGCAAUCGAGCCUCGGCUGCCGCUGUUCGCCCCGCCGCGCUUCGCCUCGGUCGCCGGGGACUACGAUUCCCUGCUCGGAGCGGUGCCGAGGAGGUCCAGCCGGAUGGGUCCGCACAGGCGUUGCAGCUCCGCCACCUGCAGCAGCACCGCAAGCAGCUACCUCGAGCGUCGCGGCUCAGCUAUGGUCAUGCCCUACCUGCCCCCGCCACCGUCCUAUCCGAGCAGGCGCGCCAAGGCCUACGACGAGCCCUGGGACCUUUACCACCACCACCCCAUUGACAUUCAGGUGAUCCAGCCAACGCCGGAGUUGUCGCCGUGCGGCAGCGAGGCCGGUCUCUACGCGGCUAGCGCGCUGGCUGUGCGGCCCAUAAACCAGCAGCAGUACGAGGUGCAAGUGGCGGCGACGAGGAUGAUGCUGGCGAGGAGGCCGCAUUAUCAGGGACGGGCGCCCCUGGCGUCGAUGGUGAGCGUCGACCCGCCGGAGCAGGACUCGUCGCGCUCGCUGGGCACGGACUCGGUGUUCCGGGAGUUGCGGCUGAGCUCCUGCGCGAGGCUCGAGGACGACGGCCCCGGGCCCGCGGACACGGAGGACGAGGUGUCGGGCUUCUCGACCGACUCGUCGGACGGUACUCCGGUGGUCGCGAGCUCCACGCCAACGGGGCUCAAAAGGUUUCUCAAGGUGCCGCUGAAGGUCACGACCGCGACGAACAGCAGGAGACGGCCACCCGAAAGGUGGGACGGUUGCGCUGGUUGCGUGCCGAGGCGGCGGCGGAGGACCACGACCACCGCCUCCUCCUCCUCGCCUACCUGUCAGGCAUGCAUGACCAUUAGCGCCUCUGUCGAAGCACUCAGCAGGUCGCCGACGUCGACGACAACGAGCAGUAGCCAGAACAGCAUAGGAGCAAGCUGUUUGGGCUCACCACCCCCGGCGCCUCAAGCAGGGCCGUCAAAGUCCUCGCCCAUCGAACUGAAACACCGGCCGGCGAGCGGCGGUACUUCGCGGCCGGUGAGGUCGUCCCCACCCCUGACGGUCUGGUCGCAGGAGACGCUCUUCUAGGACUUCACAACCGGCGACUCGCCCAUAAAUCCGGCACUUGGUCGUGCUGUCGUCAGCAACACUUUAAUGGUGACGAUGGUUACUGUGCGCGAAAAACCGAGAAACGCUCGUAUAGGCUAGCACGUGUUUGUACUGCUUUUGUUGAUGUUGAUAGUGUUGUUACUGUUGUUUCGCGAAUCGGUCCCCUUACGAGCCGACGAACUGGUGAUGCUGGUGAUGUUUUAGUUUUGUGCCAUAAACUCAUUGACGUAUCAUCGUUAAGUUGAUUGGCUUGUUUAUUAGUGUAUCUCGUUUAAUGACACGUAAAACAAGGUGUUUUUUUCCUUCAAUUUUUUGCGCAUCGAAAGAGUCUUUUGUAUACAAUAUGGGGGAGGAGUGUUGAAUUUUAGAUUUAUAUGAACGAGCUCUCGUGUACGGUUGGUACGUUUUUUUAUGGCGGAGAUAAUUAUACAUACUUGGGAGAAAAGUUAUUUUUAAUAAAUGUCGUUUAUCAAGUACUAUACUGUAUAAAUAUCGUUUGAUAAAGAGAAGGGUGGCGGGGGGUAAUAAAGGAUGGACUCGUAUAUGUAGUUUGGUCGACUGUCUUUCAAACUCAACAAAUAUGUGUGUAAAUGUGAGGGGAGGGUGGGUACGAAGUAAAGCAAGUGAAAAGGAGUUGAUGAAUUGAGAGCACUGCUCACACUCGGACAAAACUAUUUCUAUCUCGAAAAUUUUUUUUUUUUUUUACUCGUUUCAUAAGCAAAGAGACUGUAGGAUA